CUCUCCUUUUCCUCGACCGUUCCGAUUACCAGUGUUGUAUUCUGUUCCGCAACUGCAAUGGCCUCAGGAUCGAGCUGGACACCAAAGCAAAACAAGUUGUUCGAGAAUGCUUUAGUUACCUAUGACAAGGACACUCCAGACCGCUGGCACAAUCUAGCCAGGGCAGUCGGAGGGAAAACCGUGGAGGAAGUAAAGAUACAUUACCAGAAUCUCGUCCAAGACCUCGAGCAGAUUGAGUCCGGCCAAAUCCCCUUACCCCCUUACAAGAAAGCUGGAGGGAACAAAGCAUACGAUUACAUGAAUGAAGAACACAGGAUGACAAAUCUGAGGCUUUAAGUUUAAUAUGAGCCAGAACCGGAAGAAAGAAAGGUGUUAACCUUUAAUAAAGCAAAGCAAAGCAAAGCGAGCAGUAAAUAUGUAUAUGUCACUAUUUGGUUUUCACUGUGUAUCUUAACCUCGUCAAAGUUGUUUCUU